GCAGGAUGUGUUUUCCCAGCAUGCAUCGCGGCCGGGUUCUCCCUCCGUGAUCAGCAGGGAGAGAGAGAGGCAGUAAUGGCGGCCGGAUAGAUCCACAUCAAACCCCGAGUCCGCAUCCAGCCGCUCUCAGCGCAGCCUCCGCGGGCAGACAGCCUCCCUCAGCGCGGGGAGACCACAGACCCAGACCCGGAGAGGAGACCCGGGCUCCAGGGGGGACGGGGACCCUGCAGUGGACCUGAGCUGCUGGACUUUCCUUCUACUUUUAUAAAAAAAAGAAAAAGAAAAAAAGAGAAAGAUGGAGGAGCAGCCCGGAGGAGGAGGAGGAGGAGGAGCAGGAGGAGCGGGCACACAGAGGCAGCAGCAGCAGGGGGGCAACCAGAACCAGAACCAGGCCACAGGAGGAGUCAUGGUGCCCCACCAGCCGGACGAGCUGCCCCGGCCCCAGCAGCAGUACACCAUCCCCGGCAUCCUGCACUACAUCCAGCACGAGUGGGCCCGCUUCGAGAUGGAGAGGGCGCACUGGGAGGUGGAGAGGGCCGAGCUCCAGCCCCUGGUUCCUGCUGUUGGAAAUGUUCCUACUUCCUGGGGAUUGUCCCUGCAGUUGAAAAGCACCUUUAGCUGCAGGUGUAAACAGGGACGAGUACUGAGAAAGUUCCUCCAGGUGGAUUUAUUAUUAUUAUUGUGUAAGUACCAACAUGUAGUCCACAUGUCCCAAACCCCUGCUGGGUCUGUCUGUCCUGUAGUCUGACACAGUAACAUGUAAACAUCAUGAAGUGUCCUUCAGUCUGUGUUUGUUGUUAAAGUCAGAGAUAUGAUUCAUCAACAGGUCACCCUGCUCUCUAUAGGACACAGUGAGGCGUUCAGGGACCUGUUAUUACCUGAUAUACACUGUUUAUAAGUGAAUCUAAAGCUAACAGCCUCAUGUAAACAUGAUCAGGUCUGUUCCAGACUCUUCAAACCCAGUUCUGAGGCCCAGCUGUUCACCAGGUAGCUUCAUCAGCUAGCAGCUGAGCUACCUGUGCUGGAGGGACAAACCAGAAUGGCUGAAUACAGAUAUGAGCUGACAGUCAGCUGUUCUCACUCUGACUUCAUGUUCUCACUCAGACCCUUCAGAGCUUCACAGCAUGAUGAACACAUGAAGUCUAACAGGGUGAAGUGACAACAAAUAGAAUAAAGCUUCCAGAAAUCUGAAACUGUGUUUACAGGAGUCUUUAGCUGUUCUGGAAUAAUGUGGUCCAGGUCUGAGGUGAUUUUUGUUUAGUUUUUAUUCAGUACAAAUUGAAACAUGUUUUACAGAAAGUCAAAGUAACAAAGCUUUUUUUAAUAAAGUAAAGAGGUACAUGAAACAGGUA